AGUAGGAGGCGGUAUUCGCUUUAUAUGCGUAACACGCCAGUAAAAAAAUUAAAGAAGAAAACCUACGAGGAAAAGUAAUCCGAAUGAUGGCAGCCAACAAAGCGGUGUCAGUUCUUACCCCAAAUGGAAGAAGACAAAUUGUGAGAGUGUCGCCAAAUACAUCUCUUUUGCAGGUUCUAGAGGAGGUUUGCAUGAAACAUGGAUUUGAUCCGGAUGACCACGGAUUGAGGUUUCAAAGGAACUUGCUGGAUCUAUCUCUGCAAUGGCGCUUUGCCAGUCUACCAAAUAAUGCCAAGCUGGAAGUAGUGCCAAGUAAUAGGCGCCAGACAGUAACAGAUAACACGGUACUAAUUGCCGUGCAGCUGGAGGAUGGUAACCGUCUGCAAGGUGCAUUCAGUUGUGGGCAAAGCCUAUGGGAAUUGCUGAGCCACUUUCCUGAAUUAAGCAUUUCUGAUGAAGAUGAAGACUCCACACCUACAUGUGUGUACAUGAGAGAUGAGAUCACUGGACAACAAACCUUACAGAGUACCACUCUGAAGUCUCUGGGGUUGACUGGAGGCAGUGCCAUUAUCAGAUAUAUGCUGAAAAAGCCCAAGAGAACAGAGGAUGGGAACUCCAAUGAGUCGGCUGUCUUUCCAACUGAUGGAGUUAUCAUGGAAUCUUCAGAACACCUCGCUAGUCAGUUUGUGCUCCCUCUGCCAUCAGGAGACAAUGUGGCUGAUGAUAUGGCAGAAGAGACAACAUCCUCUCCCUCUAUGUCUAUGGAACCAUGUGUGUCUGCCAACUUGUGUUAUGUCCAGGCAAGAAAGGAUGAAAUGUCAUCUGGAUUCGACUCCCAGGCCCUGAGGUCCAGAAAUCAGGUGGAGGAAAAGCAAAGGGAACAGGACUUAGAGAAAACACCGCAUGCUGAACAACACAAAGAUGAGCCCAGAUCUUCCAGAGAGUGCAAGAUUUCAAACCAGAUCCCUGCGCGCAGUACCUUUGUGCCUUUCUCAGGGGGAGGCCAGUGUCUGGGUGGUACUGGCAUCAGUAAGAGUGUCUCUUCAUCCCUUACAGUGGGUCCUCCUGAUGCCAAGAAACCCAAAUCGAGCCAUGAAAUAAAGAAUUUAGCCUGUGUCAAAGCCAGUGAUGGACAGGGGUUCGGCAGGCAAGAUACAGACAUAGAGGAACCUGUAGAGGACAUAGAUAGAAAAUCUUUGGUGUACCAUUUGGAUGCUGGAGUACAUGUUGAUGCUGAUCAGGAGCUGCCAGACGAGUUCUUUGAAGUUACAGUGGAUGAUGUAAGGAAACGUUUUUCCCAGCUGAAGAGUCAGAGGAGGUUGCUGGAGGAAGCCCCUCUUAUGACACAAGCCCUAAGAGAGGCAAGGAUGAAGGAAAAGGUGGAGAGAUACCCUUUUGUAGUUCUUAGAGUCCAGUUCCCAGAUCGUUAUGUUUUACAGGGAUUCUUCAGGCCCCAGGAGAAGGUCACUGCUGUGAGAGAGUUUGUGAAGACACAUCUAGAGGAUCCAAACAUCAGCUUCUACUUGUUCAUUACUCCCCCUAAGUCCAUUCUGGAGGACUCUACUACACUUUUUCAGGCAAACCUCUUUCCAGCUGCUCUCAUAUACUUUGGCUCAGAUGUCAAGACAGAUUGUUUCUUACAGAGAGAAAUUCUGGAAUCAAGUGUCUGUGCUCAACAAGCAGAUGAACUCAUAGCUGGCUGCAUCUCCAAGUCUUCAGUGCCAUCUUCAGGCUUGAUAACCUCUCAGGACUCCUGUCCUCUGCCUGCAAUGUCCAGUGCAGCCACCAGUCAUCAGGAAACUGAGCUCCUUCCUCAGGCACCAAGGCCAGUCGUGACUGAUCCCACCAAAAUACCAAAGUGGCUCAAGCUGCCAGGUAAAAAAUAAACACCUCAACUAUGGUCACCAACUGAAGAUGUUUGAAAAGAAGGAUUUUUUGUCAAAUUCCAGUCAAAUUACCAAAUUCCCAGUCAUGAAUUUUGUGCCAUUGCAUCUCACAGGCCACCUAGAUAGAUCCAGAAAUGUACUGGUAUGAUGAAUAAAAAUUAAUCUUGGCAGUUGAA